UUAUUUCAGGUUCAAGCUAUUGAAGGUUAAUUUUAAAAUAAAAAUGCAUGACCAAUUGGUGAAAUAUGGUAUUGGAAACCUGUUCAGCUAAAAAUAUUUUUCAAGUUCGUAAACUGUGACGAAUGUGACGAGUGCAAUGGAAGCAAUUUACAUAACAAUAUUCAUAACAUCAUGCAAUAAAAUUCCUCGGCGGGGUUCAUCAUCCUGAUCCUGCCAUUAGCAAGAACAUAUCCGAUAUUAAUUACGACAAGUUCGCGUGUCAGUAACGACGCAUUCUGUUACCGCAACAAUGAAGAAUUGUUACUUCAAUCCAAUCAUGUCACGCCAUCAAACUAUGAGAUUUAUCCCAUUACGGUACCACUUGAUAGAUUUUCUACAGUUUAUACUUGAAUAGCAUAAAUUACCAUUUAUUAAACACUGUUAUAACAACUGUAGCUAAUUAAAAUUUCAUAAUACAUACAACAUUGAUUUAAUGGUAGCUCAAAGAAAAUGCCAAGUCGUAGUUGUUCGACGUAUAAGUUUUUCAAAGUUUCCACAAACUGUCAGACACGUCCAACUCUUCGUGUACGCCCAACAAUCAACACUUUAAAAUAAUAAACUAUUUAUCAGCUUCACACUCUACUUAAGGCCGCCCUGUUUUAUUCGAGCCAAAGUAUCCGUGACUUUCCACAGACAAAGGGCCAUUAGCGAAAAUGUCCGAGUCAACAAUAGAACAAGCGAAACGGGAAAUUGAUGAAUCCCUGGUUCUAAGCGCAUUUUGCAUGCGUCGCAUCGGGCUGUCAUUCCAGGAACCAAAGACCGGCUCGGCUUAUCUCCGUCAGAAGCUGAUGCUCAUAGUGUCCGUCUGCGGUAUCUGUUACCACGUAUUCAGUGAAAUCGUCUUCAUAGGUCUCACGUUGUCUAAUUCGCCACGAGUCGAAGAUGUCGUUCCACUUUUCCAUACUUUUGGCUACGGUGCUUUAAGUAUUGCGAAGGUAUUUGUAUUGUGGUAUAAAAAAGACGUGUUCCGUCAGCUACUGAAUGAGUUGGCAGGCAUAUGGCCGAUGCCUCCGCUGGAAGAGGAAGCGCAAACCAUUAAGAACAAGAGUCUCGCCGCUCUCCGCAUCACGCAUAGAUGGUAUUUCUUCAUAAACGUAUCAGGCGUAUGGUUCUACAACUUGACGCCAAUCGUCGUCUAUCUAUUUGGUCUGAUCCAAAAUAAAGAUGAUACGAUCGGCUACGUAUGGUCGUCGUGGUAUCCAUUUGAUAAACACCAAACGCUUGCACAUAUCGCCGUUUAUCUCUUUGAAAUAUUCGCAGGUCAAACCUGCGUUUGGAUUAUGGUCAGCACAGAUCUCUUAUUCUCAGCAAUGGCCAGUCACAUAAGUAUACUGUUACGCCUACUUAAGCGAAGGCUGGAGGCAGUGGGUACAGGCGACGACGACCACUAUCAGGAGAUAGUGGGGAACAUCAAGUUGCAUCAACGACUUAUAACAUACUGCAACGAUUUAGAGAACGCUUUCUCCUUGUCGAACUUCGUGAAUAUUAUGUUGAGCUCCGUCAAUAUCUGCUGCGUGGUAUUCGUUAUUGUGCUCCUAGAGCCGUUUAUGGCCAUAAGCAAUAAGCUGUUUUUGGGCUCAGCUUUAAUUCAAAUUGGGAUGCUUUGUUGGUACGCUGACGACAUUUUCCAUGCGAAUGCUGAUGUGGCGGCAGCGGCUUACAAUAGUGGAUGGUACCGUACCAAUCCUCGGUGUCGCCGCGCCCUCCUUUUCCUUAUAAAGAGAGCCCAAAAACCUAUUGCAUUCACAGCAAUGGGAUUUACUAAUAUAACCCUCGUUACUUAUUCAGCGAUUCUGACGAGAUCAUAUUCAUAUUUCGCAUUACUGUAUACCAUGUACAGUGAUGAUUAGAUACUGCUAACAUUUCCAAUAAGCGUAUAAUAAUAUAGAUAAAGCU